GGCGAGCGUGGGAUUCUCUGUGUAAGCCAAAAGCUAAAGGGGGUAUGGGUUUUAGACAUUUAUUGCUUUUUAGUCAAUCGGGUCGACCCGCGAGGGAAAAUACUAACCCGGUUUGCCCAGCCCUACCAGGUCUUAUGAAGCCGUCAAGCUCAAAGCUGUACUAAAACCCAGAACCCUGUCCUCCUCCCACAGAGAAAGAUGGGUAAGAGAGGAAAGAGCCACAGUAAAGGCAGUGAGAAGCCGACUAAGAGAACCCCCUACCCCGUUGAAGACGGCGACAUGGAUGAUGAAGUCGAUGCCUUUAUGAAACAAAGAGACGUUGUUCCCCUGGACCUUGAUCAAGACGGUAGGGAUUCCGACGAGGAUAACGAGCAAUCUGUCUUCGAUCUUCAGAAUAUUGAUGACGAGGAAGAUGAAGAUGAAGAUGACUUCGAAGAUACUGGAUUGGCUGCAAAAAUUGUUAGGCAGGCGAAGUUUCUGUGGGCGAAGUCUGGCGGAGUUGAGGACGAACCACUUGACGAUGACGAAGAAGAAGAAGAAGAAAAACUGAUAUGGGGUGGAAGAAGACCUAAUUAUCAUGGGGCCGAUAAUCGUGAUAUUGAGUUUAAAUCAAGUGACGAUGACUCUGCCGAAGAGGAAGAGAGAGCUGUGGAGGAGAUUCGGAGAGAAAAGGCAAAGUCAUCCACACGGGAAGAUUUUGGGCUUGAGGAUGAUAGUGAAGAUGAGAGUAAUAAGGAACCGACUUUUGAGGAAAUGUCAGUUCAUGGAAAAAGUGAAAAAAAGUCUCAAGAGAUAAUAGAAGUAGCAGAUGACAUGGAUACAGCUUAUGAGGAGGUCAAGAAAGAUUUGAAUGCUCUGUCAAAGGAGGAGCAAAUAUCUGUUUUAAACAAUACUGCUCCAGAGCUGGUUGGUUUGCUGGCAGAGCUGAAUGAUGCACUUGAAGAGCUUGAAAACAGAGUGAAUCCGAUUUUAAGCAAGGUUAGAAGGGGUGAGGUCAUGAUGGAAGGAGGCAUGCGCUAUUUGGAAGUCAAGCAGCUUCUUCUAUUGGCUUAUUCUCAAGCAAUAACUUUCUACCUUCUUCUGAAGUCUGAAGGCCAACAAGUUCGUGACCAUCCUGUACUUGCUCGCCUUGUAGAGAUUAAAAAUUUAUUGGAUAAGAUGAAAAAACUUGAUGAGAAUCUUCCAUCUGAUCUGGUAGAAAUUAUAAACAAAUAUAAUGGGAUAGAAGCAGAGAUGAAAUCAGUUAAAGAGAAUGCUGCAGGAGCAUCAGAUACUUUUGCUAAAGGAUACAGGCCCCAACUUGUCUCACUUGAACCAAAAGAAGCAGCUGUGUCGCACAACACAAUUGAGUUGGAAAAGGUGCAGGCUCUGAAGGAUAAUGAAAAGAUGGUGAAACGCAAACGUCAGAAGGAAGAAGUUGGUUUACAGAGCAUGAAAAUGUUGAAACUAAGAGCUGCCCUUGAGGAAAAUUUGAAGCAGAAGGGUGUUAUCAAAUCUAUCAAUCCAAGAACUGAUAAACCCCAGAAACACCUGAAGCCACUAAAUGGGAAGCUUGAAUCAUAUGAUGAUUUUGAUGAUGACCCUGUAAAAGCUGAAGGCUCAAACGUGGGUCAUGCAAAUUCAUUCAGUGGAAGUAAAGUUUCCCGACUUGUUGCUGCCAAUCGCCAUAAGUCAAAGAUUAUUUCAGGUGAUGACGACUUACCUCAGAGAGAUGAUCUUGGGGAAAGGCGGAGAAAACAUGAGCUCCGAGUACUGGCAGGAGCCGGAAUUCAGUCUGAGGAUAAUGCUGGAGACAGUGAGAUGGAGGGCAGUGAAGAAGCUCAAGAUUCAGAAGAUGACUUUUACGAACAAGCAAAACAAAAUCGAGCUGCAAAACUCGCUGCCAAAGCUGACAUGCAUUCUAGGCCCUCCUCUGUUCCAUCUUUGCCUGAGACUGUAGAUGGUAAACGUCAUAUUACUUAUCAGAUGGAGAAGAACAGAGGACUUACUCGUGCUCGAAAGAAGCUGCUGAAGAAUCCAAGAAAGAAAUACAAGUUGAAGCAUGAGAAAAAAAUGAAGAAUCGGAAAGGACAGGUACGGGAAGUCAAGAAGCCUGUAGGUCCAUACGGUGGAGAGACAUCUGGAAUCAAUCCGCGAAUCAGUCGGAGUGUCAGAUUUUAAGACCCGCUGGACUAGUUCUUGUGUUGGAACUUUAGGUUUUAAGCCUUUGUGUUUGCUUUUCAUUCGGUUGAACUCCUGUUUCUUCUAUCUCUGGACGAACGUGUCUUAUUACGCCAACCAUCAGAAUAUUUUUCAGAAAAACAAUGUGUCGAAGUUGUAAUGAGGCAGCAAGUGACGGCCUUGGCAAUUACGUUUGCACACAAAUGUACCAUAAAUUUACAAA